GCUAACUUAGCUGCUAACAAUGGCCAUGGUUUUUCACACUCAAAUAGCCUCCAUCAUGGAGGUGCUAGCGAAUGCAGCCGUGGCAGAGAUCUGUAAACUCGUAGACGACGACUAUGCAGUGGUUCGUUUGGAAAUAACUCAAAGCCAGAAAGAAAUCACUGCAUUGCGGAGGAAACUUCAGCUAAUCGAACUGAAGGUGGCACGGGAGCGCGCAGAGAAGACAAUGCGAGAGCGCGUCCUCGCCAGUCGUCCCAGUAGUGACAAGAUCCUCAACCGAUACAGAGGAAUGGCAAGAGGUGAAGGACAUCUCACUGGAGGCCACAGAAGCUUUGUGAAGCCAGCAGGACACAAUACAUGGAGAGAUGACCAGCCAAUCACUGUUGAUGAUGGGAGUGGAACCUCAACCCAGCACGUUAUCGUGAUCGAGUCUGAAGAUGCAAGUCCUGGUGUCAAGCUGGAGAAGUCUGAACGGGAGGAGGACCCACGGCACAGCAGAGACAUCCAGACUGGAGUAGCCCCCCCUGUAGCCACGGAGGACCCCACCACUGCCCCAGAGCUGCCCAGGACCCGACGCAGAAUCACGGAGGAGGAGGAGGGUCCAGAAGUGCUGCUGGUGAAGGAGGAGGGUCUGGGGAACCCUGAGGGGGACAUGGUCAUGGAGGACAACCAGACUACACCUCCUCCUGAACCCACAGAGGAACCAGCUGAGCAGCACAGGACCACACACAAUCUCACUGAGUCAGUAGACAUGGAGGAUGGGAAGCCUGAUCUGCUGCUGGUCAAAGAGGAGACAAUAGAAGAUGAACCAGAGAGCAUUGAUCUGCUGAGUGGACUAAAGAUGGGGGAGCAAGGUGGUUGGCUGGAGGUUAACAGAGGAGACUGGGUGGCCAUUUUGGAUUGCCAGACCGGUGCAGUGAAGGGUCCAGGGGAGAACGUCACUGAGCAGGCCAGAUCCAGUAGCGACAUAGUCGGGGUCCGUGGAUGGGACAGCGUCCUCAACUCUGGGCCUGGGAUCAACACUGUUAACCACAACCAGAAACAAACAGCUGAACACAAAACCACAACUGAACUUAGUCUCCAUGACAACAGACUGGCUGAGACAACAGCGAGGCGUAGAUUUGGUCUGCAGGGACGGGGAGGUGUCCGUAUGCGGUUGGAGAGAACAGACACGGACUCGGCUAGCGAUGCUCCGUCCUGCUUCUAUAGUUGUGAUUCAGAGAGACUGAUGGCACCUCAGGUUAACCCCCUAACAGAUGCUGCCUUCAGCCUGCCUUCUAUAGGAUCUAUCAACUGGAACAUGGACCCUGUGACAACACAGACACUCCCUGGCCUUCAUUCUCCUCACACUCUCCUUAUGUUAAACCAGACCUCAGACAAUUCUUCAACACUAAAUGGCUACACAAGCCCAUUGACAAAUGACAGUAGUAGAGAUGGAAUCAGUAAAGAAAAGCGCUUCCCGUGUUCGUUCUGUGGGAAAGCUUUCAGUUUCCCCAAACAGGUGGAGAUCCACCAGAGGAUACACACGGGGGAGAAGCCAUUCGGCUGUCACCUGUGCCGUGCCCGUUUCUCCCGAUCGACCCACCUGAAGAGGCACCAGAGGGUCCACACAGGGGUGAAACCCUUCAGCUGUACCCAGUGUCACAUGAGCUUUGCCCAGGCUGGCAACCUGAAGAGGCACCAGAGGGUCCACACAGGGGAGAAACCCUACAGCUGCCCCCAGUGUGAGAAAAGGUUCUCCCGCCAGCACCAGCUGAAGAUGCACCUGAAGGUCCACACGGGAGAAAGGCCAUUUGCUUGUACGCACUGUAGUAAGAGUUUUUCAGAGAGGAGCUACCUCAGGAUACACCAGCAGAAAAACCAUUCUACUCUAUAGUAUAGAAAGUAACCAUUCCACCCGAUAGCUUCUGACGUUUAGAUCAAACCCUGAAUUGAAGACAAAGAUUCAUUUUCAUUGUUGUCAGCAGAAAAUACCCAUAGAUGGGUUUGGAAAAACAAGAGUAACACAUUUCAGUGUUGAAUAUUUCUGGGUAGAAUAUUGCAUCCAGACAUUAUGUGAUUAUAUAAGGCAUACAGUUUAUAACCCUAAAAAGUCUGUUACAUAUUGUGUUUGUACUGUGUAGGUCAGGGAUCUCUUGUAGGUUUUCGCUCCAACCCUACUUAUAUCGAGCCUGGUUCAGCUUAUCAACCAACUAAUUAUUAGAAUCAAUUGCGCUAGAUUAGGGUUGGAGUGAACCUACAGGACGAUAGCUCUCCAGGAACAGGGUUGGAGAGUCCUGGUGUAGGCUAUAUGAUGUUCACAAAUGCCGAUUUCAUGACUUCCAUUCAACUACUUCAUUUUUUCCCCAAGACACUUUUAAUGAGAAAAUGUAUGCAGUUUAUCAAGUUCAUGCAGAUUUUUAGUUGAGACAUGUAUUUGUGGUUUUCAUAUGGAGUAUUUAGAACUUGUUUGUUUAAUAAACACAAAAUGGGACUUUUAA